UAGAUGAAUUCCUAAUGGUUGGUGUCACUGAGCUGUUUUUAUUGAGCAGAUAAGAAUGAAGGUUAACAGUGUAAAUAUUGGCGACGCAUAAAGCUUGCAGAUAAGCGUAAUUAACCCACUUAAGUUUGAUUUAAAAGGAAACUUACUAAAGAAGACUCCACAAUAAUGCUGAAACACUCUUUAUAGGUAUUAUCAGUACAGACCUCUGAGCAUGUUCACGUUUUUAUGACUCGCCUGGAAGUCAUUACCUUAGUUUACUGUCGUCCACGGCCAGGUGUCUCGUUGUGGUGAAUAAUCCUUCCUGAAGAGUACUUGGCUGCUCUCAGGCACACAUUGUUAUUGUCCCUGCUGGAAAUAACCCAGACAGAGGGCAAGUCAAAUGCAGGUGCACAAACACACACACACCAGCAAAGAUGAAUAGGGAAUCCAAUUAAACCACACCUGACUUAUUCUCUCCAUCUCAUCGGCUCUGCAAAACCAUGGAGUUUAAUUCCCCAGUCACAGAAACAAAUCGUCCCCGUCAAAUCAGAGGAGGUGCAGCUCAUGUGUUCACUCUCUACAAAGUAAAAGUAAUUAAUCCUGAAAGUGCCCGCUCUGUUGAUGGGGUCUCUGCUGGAAAUGUCAGACUUGUAAGCUCUUUAUGGAUGCUGACAAUCAGCCUGAGGUCAACGUCUUUAUCCUUGAUCUAGAAUUACUGUAUUAGACACACACACACACGUGCGCUCCUUUUAAUUGCGUCACAGUUGUCACGUUAUUGUGGUUGCAUUUUUAGUACCUCAAAAUCGGUCGCUUUAUUGAAUCAAAACAUUUGGACACACUUUAUUUAUGACUACACAUUUGUCAAAUUCAAUGACUGGUAUUUGCAGAUUUAUCUGGAUGUUGUGACAUUGACCAGGCUUUUACACUUUUGUGCCAAACCCCCUUUGAAAUGAAUAGUGGCUUAUUAAAUACAUUCAUACAUUCUCACAGAGAAAUGACAUGCAAUGAACACAGUUAUUGUACUCGUCAUCAUUUUGUGACACUUUUUAUUCAAUUAUUUAUUGCCCACAGCUGAGAGUUAGUCAGUAGUUCAAACAUUCUUGUUUGCUUUGACUCAGAAAAGAAAGGGGGUUGGAUUCAGAUCUUUCAGUUAAUACUAAACUAACACUCCUCCGUAAGACAGGAACACAGCUUUCUGUCGCCUUACACCACUUUUAAUGCCCACAGUAUCAAAGACAAUCUCUAUUUCUAAUCAUUUUAUCCUACAUACCCAAUCUGAAAUGCCACACAGUACAUCCUCCACCCUUAUUUAUUUCUGUGCUUUAAGUCGAGACAGAUUUAUGUACAUGGGUUUUGUUUGGAGCCUGACUUCACCAACAUAUAUUGUAGGUAUGUGUAUUUGUGAGAUUUUACAGAAUGAAUAAUGCAAAUUAUGAUACCUUUUUUCAUAAAAAAGAUGUUUACAAAAUGCCAAGAAUGCUUGUUUAUACAGUAUUUUGGUUAUAUUUGUAUUUUUUAAGUAUGUGUACAUGCAGUGUGUAUAUAUACACAGGUCAUUUAAUUAAUGUCAGCCCCCAAUAAUCCAUACCAGUCGUUGAAACCUUUCAUUACUUGAGGCAAAAUUGUGUGGUGUGUUUUUUUUUUUUUUUUUUUUUUCCCAUAUCCACUCACCAACAGGGUCUCGAUGUUUUUGUUUUUCUUCUAACUGAAGUACUAAUGUGAAGCUAUUGGUCAAGUUGCCUGGUUAGCUUUGACCUUGGUGGGGGAAAAACCUAUGGGAUGGCUUGCCCCCCAAACUGUUGUUUCAUGGUGCUUGAAGGCUACAUGUUGUUGCUGUUUUUGUAUGUUGUUGCAUAUUUUCCAGACUUAGGAACUGUGGGAAAUAAUGACUGCUGCUGCAGGUCAAAUGACGUUGCAAAGUACCAGCACUGCGGAGAAAUUUGACUAUAUCAUGAACUAUCUGAAGGAUAUGGCAGGAAACGAGUAUGUGGGUUUCAGCAACGCCACAUUCCAGUCUGAGCGUGAGUCAGGAGACAGGAACUUUGCCAUCGGCUACUACCUGAAAGAAAAGAAGUGUUUUCCAGAUGGGACAGACAUGACAUCUGUGCUGGACUUGUACUUUCAACUUUGCUCCAUUGAAGUGACCUGCGAGAGCGCCAGUGUCAUGGCAGCCACUCUCGCUAACGGCGGCAUCUGCCCAAUCACGGGCGAGCGCGUGCUGAGCCCCGAGGCGGUGAGGAACACGCUGAGUCUGAUGCACUCGUGCGGCAUGUACGACUUCUCAGGACAGUUCGCUUUCCACGUCGGUCUGCCCGCCAAGUCUGGAGUGUCGGGGGGAAUCCUGUUGGUGGUGCCUAACGUGAUGGGUAUUAUGUGCUGGUCACCUCCACUUGACAAGCUGGGCAACUCUGUGAGAGGGAUACAGUUCUGCACGGAUCUUGUGGAGCUUUUCAACUUCCACAACUACGACAACCUGAGGCACUUUGCAAAGAAGUACGAUCCUCGCAGGGAAGGAGGGGAGCAGAGGGUCAAGUCUGUGAUCAACCUGCUGUUUGCUGCCUACACAGGAGACGUGUCCGCACUGAGGAGGUUUGCACUUUCAUCCAUGGACAUGGAGCAGAGGGACUACGACAGCAGGACAGCGCUCCAUGUGGCAGCAGCUGAAGGACACACAGAGGUGGUUCGCUUCCUGCUGGAGGCUUGUAAGGUGAACCCAGUUCCCAGAGACAGAUGGGGCAACACGCCCAUGGAUGAAGCGGUGCACUUCGGCCACCAGGACGUGAUCACGUUCCUGCAGAACUACUAUGCUGGACACUGUCCCCCUGCUGGUACUGAUGAGAAGAGCAGUGGUGAGACGAGCCUGGACAGUUUGCUGUAGACAUGCUGCUGCUGCACCACUCACUACUGCUGCUGCACCACUCACUUCUCUGGACUCACUUUGUCACACAUUUCAAAUCAUAAUGGUAAUUAUAAUAAUAAUGAAUUAGUUUCUUGGCUUUUUCCACCCUCACUCACCUGGUGGGCUUUAGCUUUCUCUGGCUGUUUCAAGCUCUUCUUCCUGGAUUUCAUGUGUGAUCAGAGCACCAGAGCAGUACUCUCCAGGACCAGUGGUCUCAAACUCACUUUGGUGAACUACUGUAUGUAGAGAAGAUUUAAGUUUAUUUAUUUAAGACAUGGACAGCAUUUAUAAAUGCAAUAUACAAGAUUGUAGCCAAAGAUAAUGUCCAUUGGACAGGUUGAUUGUCCCUAAUGAAUAAGAAUAAGUUAAAUAACAUAAAUGACAGAUUUUUAUGCAGAAUUGUGACCUACGUCAUUCUAUAGCGAGACAAACACUUUUAUUUUGAAAGGGUUUGCAAUACCACGAUGGAAUAUGGAGAAUUUUAAGCUCAAAGAGCCAGUUGAUUUUUCACUUGACCAACCCCUCCUGACCAGACUAGAAGUUCAUUGGCCCCCCAGGUCAUUUGAGUUUGAGGCCCCUGGUUUAACCACAAUGUUUACAGGAUAUAUAACCCACUGUCAAACUGUGUCAGUACUGUAAACACAUUAGGUUAUUAUUCUCCUCUCUACUCUGCUAUUAUAAAGGUAAAAUUAAAUGUAUUAGUUUUGUACGAUAGUAAGGUGUGUGUGUGUGUGCGUGUGUGUGUGUGUGUGUAAAUUAUGGUAUACAUUAUGACGUGUUUCUGUUUGUGUAAAUGUAAACAAAGUAGAGGUCGACCGAUGACAGGGUUUUUCUUAAACUCAAUUUGAGGAAUCGGAGCAGUCGCCCCCGCUUAUUGAAGAACCCAAGCACUGGAAAUGCAAUAUUAUAUAAUAUUUUUAAUUUUAAAAAAAAGAAAAGUUUUGGGUGACAAAAUUAUGGAAGAGUAUUUGUGCCAAAAAAUAAAAAUAAAAAGGCAGAAUUCUGAGAUUAAAGUCAGAAUUCAGAUUUUUUUAUAUAAUCUCAAAAUUCAGAUUUUUGAUAUAAUCUCAGAAUUCUGACUCUGAAUUUUUUUUUUCUUUAUUUCAAUGUGGCACUAAUACUCUUCCGUACAAAUCAAGUUUGAGUGACUUUUAGGAACAAAAACACGUCACGUGUAUCAAAAAUGGCAAAAUGCGAUGACUCGGCCUACCUCUAAGACAAAGUAGUAUCAUGUUCAGUGUGGAAAUCUCUUUUAUGCCCACGUCGUUCUGCUGAAUGUUGUGAGGCGAUAAGCAGCAGCAGCUUUAGCAGCAGCAGCUUUAGCAGCAGCAGCUUUAACGUCAGCGACAGAUUAAUGUCCCAAAAAAGAUUCAGAAUUCACUCGCCUUAUAGAGGUAGUGUGUAUUUAUUUCACAUGAAUCCCUUUGAAUGUGUAUAAUUCUAUUUAGAUAUAAGAACGUGUUAUUUGUUGUGUUUGUAAUUAAGACAUAUUAUUAUAGGGGUUUUUAUUUUUGCUGUAGUUCUAUUUUAUUUUUUUCAGGGUGUUUUCUUAGAGAACACACACUCACACAGGUAUGUGUAUACCGUCAUGUAUGUGUGUAUAUUGGUCUUGUUAAAUGAACUAUUUGACAGGCAAGAA